AUGAAAGAGGUGCUUGGGUCCUGGAUCGAAGGCGCAUUUGCAGAUGAGGCGGUAUUGGAGAGAGUGAGUGAAAGGCUGAGGGACGUUGCCUUCGAAGAGGAAAUAGUACAAGACAUGGGAAUGGAAGAUGAUGAGGUUGAAGUAGGGGGAGGACAGCAAAGUAUUGAGAAUGGAAUGGAGGCGGCUGAAGUUGUGACAAUAACAGCUGAUGAUUUUUUGCGAAUGGAGUUUAACAAUCCUAAGGAAGCUGCUCGUAUAUAUGAAGAGUACAGCCGGGUGAAGGGUUUUGCUGUUCGACAAGGUAAGAAGAUAAAAAACAAGAGAGGAGAAUUUGUGCAGAUAACGUAUUUGUGCAAUAGAGAAGGUUUUCGGGACAAGAAAUGGUUAGAAAAGCAGGAUCGCAAAAGAGAGCACAAGGUUGUCACCCGUUGUGGGUGUCCUGCCGAGAUGCGGAUAAAGCCAAGGAUUGGCACGGGAAAGUGGUUUGUGGCACGUUUUGUAGAUGAGCAUAACCAUGAUCUUUUGCCUCAAAAGUUUGUGGAGUACUUGCCUGCGCACAGGAAGAUUUCGGAUGUUGACAUAGCGCACAUGGAUAGCCUGCGACAAGUGGGAAUUUCAAUCCCGAAAAUAUACAAGUCAAUAGCAGCACAAGCUGGGGGUUUCAACCGCGUAUCAUUCACCAAGCGAGACAUGUACAACGAGGUUAGGCGACAACGAUCCUUGCAGAAUGGUGAUGUGAAUGCAGCACUAAGUCAGGAGGAUUUCAGAUUAUUCGGUGAUGUUCUUGCCUUUGAUGCUACCUAUGGACGAAACGAAUACAAUCUUUCAGUUGUUGUUUUCUCUGGGGUUAACAAUCACAACCAGACUUGUGUUUUUGCAACCGCAAUGGUAUCAAGUGAAACACAAUCUUCGUAUGUAUGGGUUCUAAGAAAGUUUCUUGAAUGUAUGGAUGGCAGAGCUCCGAAGGCCAUAAUAACUGACGGGGAUAGAUCAAUGCGAGUAGCUAUCCAGGAGGUCUUUCCCGAUGCUCAUCACAGGCUUUGCGCAUGGCACCUACUGAAAAAUGCUACUUCCAAUGUAUGUAUGCCGAGGUUCACAUCCUUGUUUAGGCACUGCAUGCUAGCAGACAUAGAGGUGGAGGAGUUUGAGUUGCAGUGGGAAGCGAUGGUGAGUGAGUGUGGCGUGAAGGAUCAUGAGUGGGUGAAGGAUUUAUACUCGAAGAAAUUGCUUUGGGCAACAACUUACAUACGUGGAAGGUUCUUUGCUGGCAUUAGGACGACUUCCCGAUGCGAAUCAUUGCAUGCGAAGCUUGGGCGGUUUGUGGAGAGCAGGUACGGGAUUCUUGAAUUCAUAACCAAUUUCCAACGGUGUGUGGAAUUCCUCAGAGACAACGAAGAUGAGCUCGAGUUUCGAUCAUCAUAUGGGACUCCUGUAAUCCAAACAGAGUUUCCCGAGUUGGAAAAGUCAGGUGCAAUGAAUUUCACACGUGAGAUUUUUGCAAGAUACCGGGAGUCAUUGAAGAGGUGUGUGCGUGUUACAGUGUUAGGGUGCAUAGAAUCGGAAGGCACAUGCACAUACGUGACUCAGAAAUAUAGGAGGCCAGAGAAGAGGUGGAACGUGACUCACCAUGGAAUGUCUGACACUUUUGUAUGCACUUGCUUAAGGAUGGAAUCUUUCGGAAUUCCUUGCGUCCAAAUACUUGCAAUGCUUGUCCGAUUAGACAUUGGGUCCCUCCCGAAGAGCCUGGUGCUGCAACGAUGGUCGAAGGCAGCCAAGGUUGAGAUGUCUGGGGUUAAUCAAGUCAACGACAUGGAAGCGCUUUAUCGUAACCGUGUUGGUGCUUUCUUGCAACAUUGCAAAAGGUUCGCUCGGGUUGCUUGUCAGAGUAAAGAGAACUUCAAGGUGUACACAGAGAAAGUGGUGGAGGACACACUGAGGCUAGAAAUGAUGAAUGGAGAUGCUGGUGAUGGUGCAGGGAGUGGUCAUGCGGCGCAGGGGGUUAGAGAUCCAAUUGGUGUUCGCACAAAGGGGACCGGGCGAGCUAAUGAACCGUUUGGAUCAAGGGCUGUCAAGCGGAGGAAGUGUAGCACAUGCCGUUGUUUGCGACAUAGACGUACUCAUUGUCCCAAUGGGCCACGAGUAACAACUUCAUAUACAGAGCAGAACACCGUGCCAAGUCAGCAUAUGCCUAAUAGAGACCCAACGGUGUCAUAUGCUGGCAAUGGAAGCAACAACCGUCGAAGGAGAGUUGGCUAA